AUGGGAUGCAAGUGGAUAUUCACGAUUAGACACAAGGCAGAUGGGAUAUUUGAUCGAUAUAAGGCAAGGCUGGUAGCAAAAGGAUAUACUCAGACAUAUGAUAUUGAUUAUCAGGAGACUUUUGCUCAUGUAGCAAAGAUGAACACCAUUCGGGUAUUGUUGUCUCUAGCUGCAAAUUUAAACUGGCCUUUUAAACAGUUUGAUGUGAAAAAUGCAUUUCUUCAUGGCGAUUUAAAAGCAGAAGUCUACAUGGAGUUUCCGCCUGAGUAUGGAUUGACUAAUAACAUUGGAGAGGUGUGUAGAUUGCGGAAAGCUCUUUACAGCUUGAAACAAUCCCCUCGAGCAUGGUUUAGAAGAUUCACUAAAGCCAUGAAGAAGUUUGGGUAUCAAUAA